AUGGCCAAAACAGUAAAAAAUGUUGUACUGAUUUUUCAACCCUGCUUUGGUCCCCAUAUGUCAUCCUCAUUCAACAACUUCUCAAUUCUCUUUAGAUCAAUACUUAUCGGAGCGGGUUGUAAGUCUCUCAUUACUUUCCCAAUAUCACUAAAGCAAUCGAUUUUCCUUAUACCCCUCGCCGAACAGUUCUGCCAAAGAUUCUUCAUUAUCUCCUCGCAUCUAGAAUCUCUAAUCCAAGCAUCUUCAAAUCUAAACAGCCAAACCUUCGUCUUUCUGGUGGUGUUUAAAGAAGGUUCCAAGUCCACCCUAAUAAUUUCAUGGUCACUCCCAAACCUGGUCAAAUGUUUAAACUUAAUAGUAGGGAAUCUCCUAACAAACUCAGAGGAAGCAAAAACUCUAUCCAAACGAUAUUGA